CAAGAUUAUAAUGCAAGUUUUAAUAUUUUGCUCGUAAAUUUGGUUAUAAACAUUAAUAUCAAAGACAGUAAUUUCAGAUAUAAUAUUAUAUCAACCAGAUUAGACACGGAUAUUAAGCUAUGCUGUGGUUAGUAUUUUAGUGUCAAAUCAAUAGAAUGCGCUCCUGCCAAAGUGUUUGAAAUUUAUAACCUUCGAGUUAUCAGCAAUGAAAGAUCUGAUAGUUUUUUUGUUUUUUUUAUUAUUUAAUCUAGAAGAAAUAAAUAAGAUCUGAUUAUCGGUGGAUUUGAUAUUAUAAAUUAUAGAUAUAAGAAUCUCUAGCACGGCAAUAUUUAUUUUAUAGUAUUUAGUUGGUUCUCACUCAUUAUCAUUUUUAAAAGGUUUAUGGAUCUAUUUAAUUUUAAAUCAUACUGUGAUAAGUAGUUAACUUGUAAUAAUUUAUUAAUUAUAAGAAAAGAUACGAUGAGAAUAAAAAGACUAGCUGUUGUGGGUACUACACUCCUUGUCAUGGUUUGCAUCGGGCUGUAUCUACUGCUCGACAGCACUUUAACUAAUGAACAGAAAUCAGUGAGAAGACCCAAACCCUUUCAUUCUCGACUAUCAUAUGGACACCAGGAUGUGAAGUUGGAGCAUACAAUUAAAGUCAAAACUAAUGUUUCGGGUAAGGAAUCUCUCUCAUCAUGUGUUGCGCCAAUAGAUUUGCCAGAAGUGGAUGUACAGAUGGGACAUGUUUAUGAUCAAAUUCCAUUUGAUAACGUUGAUGGAGGUGUUUGGAAACAAGGCUGGAAUGUAGUUUAUGAUGAAAGACAAUGGAAUAGGAAUAAGAAGUUAAAAAUAUUUGUUUGCCCUCAUUCUCACAAUGACCCAGGUUGGAAAAAAACAUUUGAAGAAUAUUACAUUUCUCAAACAAGAUCAAUAUUAAAUUAUAUGGUUCCUAAAUUGUUGGAAGAUGAAAGAAGAAAGUUCAUUUGGGCUGAGAUUUCAUAUUUUUCUCUGUGGUGGUCUGAAAUCCCUCAUAGAACUAAAGAAAGUGUUAAAUUAUUAUUGUCACGUGGGCAGUUGGAAUUUGUUACUGGUGGCUGGGUGAUGGCAGAUGAAGCUAAUACUCAUUAUUAUUCCGUCAUAGAACAAUUGCUGCAUGGUCAUCAAUGGCUAUUGAAUAACCUGGGCUACAAGCCAAGACAUAGUUGGUCUAUUGAUCCAUUCGGCCUUUCACCUACAUUUCCAUAUAUUUUAAAGAAAUCUGGAUUCAAAGCCUUAGCAGUUCAAAGAACUCAUUAUGAGGUAAAGAAAUACCUUGCUCAACAUAAACAGUUGGAAUUUAGAUGGAGGCAGCUAUGGGAUAAUAAUGGCUGGACUGAAUUGAUGACACAUAUGAUGCCAUUCUAUAGCUACGAUGUACCUCAUACUUGUGGGCCAGAUCCCAAAAUUUGUUGUCAGUUUGAUUUUAAACGAUUACCAGGAUAUGGUUUGUCAUGUCCAUGGCAUGUACCUCCUCAAAAAAUUACUGAAGAAAAUGUUGCACAAAGGUCUGAGCUACUUCUUGAUCAGUAUAGGAAAAAAGCUCAACUUUAUGCUACGGAUGUUCUCUUUGUACCCUUGGGUGAUGAUUUUAGGUAUGAUCAUGCAACUGAAUGGGAUCUUCAAUACACAAAUUAUCAGAAAAUAUUUGACUAUAUCAAUAGUAAUCCUCAUCUAAAUGCUCAUGCACAAUUUGGAACACUGAGUGAUUACUUCAAUGCACUUAAUAAAGACAAAGCGUUCAAUGAAUUUCCGACGCUUUCAGGAGAUUUUUUCACUUAUGCAGAUCGUGAAAAUCACUAUUGGAGUGGAUAUUUCACAUCACGUCCUUUCUAUAAAAGAAUGGAUCGUGUUCUCAUGUCAUAUCUUAGGAGUGCUGAAGUGAUUCUGAGUUUAUUAGCUAGAGAAAAUAGUCAGUUGAAGAUCAUUCAUCAUUUAAAUUUGAACCUGACUGAUGCAAGAUCUAAUCUAUCUCUAUUCCAGCAUCAUGAUGGUAUCACUGGCACGGCGAAAGACCAUGUUGUACAAGAUUAUGCUGCUAGAAUGCUCAAAUCUAUCCAUAAGUGUCAGCAUGUUAUUCAACUUUCUGCGUGUGCUUUACUGAAUAAUGGAAAGGCUGUUGAAUAUACUGGUAAGGAGAUAUUUUUCACUAUUGAUGAACAUCAAAAAGUACCCUAUGAUUUAGCCGAAGGUAUAGUUCUUACUUUCCCUUCCGGGGUUUCAUCAAGGAAAGUUUUCAUAUUUAAUCCAUUAACUUCUAACAGAAUAGAAGUGAUUUCAAUAAGAGUUGAAAAUAAACUGAUUCAAAUCCGUAAUGCAGAGGGCAAGAUAAUCGCUCAUCAAUUGAGUCGUAUUUGUACAUUACAUAGAAGCAAUGCAGGUUGUUAUCUAUUAUCUUUUGUUGCUCAUCUCAAGCCUCUCUCAUUAUCAUAUUAUUCAGUUGAAAUAGCAGAAGAGAACAGAAAUAAUCAUGCAAAGUUGAGCUUUUUUGAUUCUGCAAAUCUUGGUGUAUAUGAUGAAGAUUGGGAAAACAAACAGGUGAUAAAUUCAAGGGAGUUCUCCUUUCAAAACAACAAUAUUUCUGUUGCAUUCAGCCAAAAUGGCUUAUUAAAAGCAAUCACGAUUAAAAAACCUGAUAGGAAUGUUACUAUCCCUGUACAUCUGGAUUUUCUUCAUUACUCAACAACGCAUGGCCGUGAAAAGAGUGGUGCAUAUUUGUUUUUGCCUGACGGUGAAGCGCAAACAAUAAAAGUAACUAAUCCGAAAGUGAUAAUAAUUGAAGGAAAAGUGAAAUCUGAAGUUAUUGUGAAGUUCCCUAACGUUGAACAUUCUGUGAUACUAUAUAAUAGUGAUGGUCCAGAUGAUUUGGGUAUUGAGAUUAGGAAUCUCGUGGACAUAGCGUCUGUUGAAGAAAAUUAUGAAUUAGCUAUGAGAUUUUCUACUAAUAUUCAGAGUGGUGUUCAAUUUUAUACAGAUCUCAAUGGAUUCCAGAUGAUCAAAAGAAAAAGAUUGGAUAAAUUACCAUUGCAAGGCAAUUAUUAUCCUAUGCCUAGUGCAGCUUACAUCCAAGAUAAAAAUCUAAGGCUUACUAUUGUGUCAGCGCAACCCUUAGGAGUCUCGUCACUUAAUGAAGGUCAAAUAGAGAUAAUGCAAGAUCGAAAAUUACUGCAAGAUGAUAAUAGAGGUUUGGAUCAAUCUGUAACUGACAACCGUCCAACCUUAUCUAUUUUCAAACUUUUUGUAGAAACUAAGACACCAGGAUGUGGCGAAAGUGAUUUGCAUUGGGGUCGAUUGAGUGAAAAUUCCUAUACCAGUUUGCAGAAACUUCUAUAUCCAGUUCAGAAGUUGUUAUCUUUUGAUCAGAAUUUAAGCAUAAGCAAUAAGGAAUAUGUCGCUCCAAUUUUACCUCUCCCAGCUAAUAUCCAUUUGAUUACAUCUCUAGUUUUACCAGGGGGUCUGGGUGUCCUACUACAGUCAACUUCGAUUGAUAAUUGUUUUGAAUCUCAGUCGAAUCUCAAAGAAAACAAUAAGGUUAAUUUGAGCCAUAUUUUUCCAGUGAAAGCGAAUGACAGAGUUUAUAGAAGUACAUUAACAUUUAAUGAUAUGCUGAGUGAAAUGUCAUCUUUAGAAAUAUCUCUAUGUGAGAAUAAUAUUGAUGCUUAUUUCAUAAGAGAUUUGUGAUUUUUUUUUCAAACUGUAAAUAUUUAAAUGGGCAAAGAUUUUAUAAUAAAAAUGAAGUGUAAAGAAUA